AUCCGGACUUGGUAUCAGUCAGAGUCUGAGUCCGCGGUACUCAGGUGCAGAUUCGGAUUCUCGUCGCAUCGCUCUCGUCAGGAUGAAGCUGCUGCUGUUGUUGUCGCUGCUGGCUGUCGUUUAUCAGCCAAUUUGGGGUGAUAAACUACCAACGACUCCUCGUUUAGUUGGAGGAUACCUCCAACCUCAAAAUCUUGUCGCUGCUAAGCGAUGCAUCGGAACGACCGACACCUCCACACUCGUCGAAACAAAGCUCGUCUACCAACCAUUUACGAAAAUUGUCACGGUUUUCCAAACAGUUCCAGUUUUAUCCCAAGAUGUUGAAACCGUCACCAAAAUUCAGGAAGUUAUUUCAGAAGUUGAAGUUCAGACCUUCAACACAAUUAGUAGAACGUCACUUGUGACCGACGUAAAAACUUUGAUUGAUAAUAUUGAACGACCUCUCGUGCUGCGCACGGCGUUUGCUUCAGUUACUUCGCUCAGCACCAGACUGCAGGUGCACACUAUCUCGGAGACCACUACGCAUGUCCAGGCAGAAACUCAUACACGCACAGUGUCUCUCACGGAAGUUAGUACAGAUGCUGUUUUUGUAACACAAACCAGAACAAUUACUUUAAAUCAACGGCCUAUAUUUGAGCCUUCGUAUAACACUCGAGUGAUCAGCAUUACUGUUGACCAGACGCCUCCUCCUGUUACCUCAACGUUUGUUUUCACGAACACCGACACUGCAACAGCAACUACAUACGUCACCCCACGACCUGUAUUGCAAGAUCGUCGUGAAGCGAGCACUGAGCCAAGGAUCAUGUACUCGGAAGUACUUACUUACACCACCGAGACGAACUACAUUCCCGUUUUCAGCACUGGUUACGAUACAGUAACAUCCACCGUUAUUGACACUGCCACGUCUUUCACCGCGUCACAAGUCUUUGCUGAAGUCACCCGCACGGUCAGAAAAGUGUUACCAUCAACCGUCACCAUUCCUGUUGUAACAACUCUUACUGCUACAGUCGAGCGACAUGUGACUGAGGAAUUCUUGGUCACUUCGACGGUAGUCGGUACUGGAGUUCACACAGAGCGAAGUCCGCCACAAACUAUACCUAUGAUCCUCACAGAUGUUGUCACUGAAUUUUUCACUAGAACGUCCGAAUACCAGCCGCCUACAAUGACGAAGCCUGCGACAGUUUAUCUCAAAUGUGGCGAAUACACCACUGUCACACCGUCUGGCUAUUUCUAUGGACAACCAUAAAUAAAGAUGCGUGUGCUCUCAUUCUCUCUGCUGGUUACGGUGGGCUGCCUUUUUGCCUCAUCUACUGAAGGCAGCAAACUUCCUGUUCCAAACCAUUACAUUUCACCCUCUUUCGAUGCCCCAUCUGUUGUCGAAAGUUUUGCUAGGUCUUCCCCGGUGCUUGAAACGGUACAAGGUCAACCUUUAGUAGAAGCCUUUGAACCUGUUCAAAGUAACGCCCUUUCGUCUGAAUUUGUAGAACGUCAGAGGUCUCAAUCACAAGCAGCAGCCGAUCCUCUUUGGCCUGAUUUCAAAGCAGAUGAUGGAGGUCCUUCUGUUUCCCGAGGUAGAACUUUACAGUUUAACCAUCAAUUAUCAAGCUCAGAUGGAACAAGAAAUCUAGCAUUUCCUGGUUUUAAUACAAAUUCGCGCGAUGCUGGCAUAAACAAUUUUAAAUUUUUGCCUCAGGGUGAAGUUUUAUCAAGAGGUUUUUCUCAUGAUACAAGGCAUAAUGUAGGGGCUCACGCAUUUGGUACAGGAGCGUCGCAUUCUGGUGGAUCUCGGUCUGGAACUGAAGUGGGUGGAUUUUCUGGAAAUAAUUUUAGAGCAGGAGUAUCCACAUUUGGAGAAGGGAAUCGAGAACAAUCAUUUAGGUCUUCGGGUGGUUCAUCACAGUUCUCCCCAGCAGCUGGUCAAGAUGCGCAAGAAAUUUUCGGAUCAUUUGGAGGCUCAUCGUCUGGCUUUCCUGAAGGGUUCACUCCUGGAGAAAAAUUUAUCCCUCCGAAAUUCGACCCCGAACAAAACAACAUCGAGCGAAGUGAAAGUCAGUUUCUGACCGGGUUUGAUGCAAAUGCCGCAGCAGGGAUUAAUAAGGAAGAUUGUAUUCGAAAUACCGUCACCAUUCGUUCGACAUCACUAUCCAUUGUUCCGAUAGCUACCAACAUAGUGAGUACCGUUCUAGUGACCAAUACUCUCUCUGGUACUCGGACUGAAAUUGCUACUAUUCAGUCAACAAGGAUCCACACCAACACCGUGCGACGUACCCAAAUUUCGACUGUAUACAGUACGGUAGAGCGUUUCUCUACUCAGACGAAACUCGUUCCUGCUAAUACUCAUACCUCAACUUUUACUUCUUUGGUAACUGAAUUCAUUGAUAGAACUUCUCUUACAACGAUCACCGAUACGGUUGUGUCACGAACGACAGCAUUUGUCACUGUAACAAAUUCUCGGGCAUCCACAACUACUGUGUCUAUUCCUUUAUACACAACUGAUUUUGUUCAACUGCCAGCUGUUGUCCGGUCUUUCGUCAUUGAACAAACUCGGACAGUGAGUCUGGACAAUACUCUACCGCCUCAAAUUCUGUACGUCAGCGAAACGGUCUAUAAAACUGAAACAUUGACUGCAACUCAGACUCUCCAGCCUGAGACGAUCAUCCGUACCAAAACUGUUGUUGUUCCAUCGUACUCCACCAUAUACACCACCAGCGUUGGAACGCGUACGAAGACUCUUCGUUCCACGAUACCCACCAUCUUGACGAAGACUGCGACCACAUAUUCCUCCGUUUUCCGCUUGGGUGUUGCUGUUAACACCCAGUUCUCCACCAUUACCGAAACUGUAACAGAAGCUCAAUACUUUACCACUACCGUGCCAUCGUAUGUGACUGUGUCUGUAACCAACGAUAUUCCUGCGAUUACAACAAGGGUGUCCACUCACUACGCGGGGGUACAACGAACGGUAACUGUACCUGGAGGAGUCGUAACAUCGUACAGCACCUUUACGACAUUCGUGUCAGUGUACAAGACAGUAACCAACACUCUCACAACGCCCAUUGUCUAUGCCACGCAAACCGUUACUCAAAACUGCCCUGCUGGUCAACCCUUCAAGUAGAGAUCGAGAGAACGUGAUUUCCGCAAUGUUAUUAUUUAGCGAACGAUUGGGAGCAGUAAACGAGUCUUUGUCAAUUUUCGCACAAGUCUAUCUCAACGAAUGUUACUGUAGUAAGAAAAGGUAGUCUAUUGAAAACGUGUAAUUUUACUGUUCGGAAUCUGAAAAUGAGUGCUUUGCAUUAAUUUUUCUAAAAAUUUUCUGCAUGACAACAUUAGGCAAAAACGCUGCUCUUUUCGUAUGAGAAUGCAUGCCCCAUGAGUUCCUUUAAAAUUUUACCAAAUUCAUGGGUUUGUGAUGCCAUUAUGUGCCGCAAUCGCAUAGUGAGGUUCAAUGUUACUGUCUAACUUAGAUAAUUUUGUGUCAUCAAUUAAUAAAUUUUGAAAUAUUAGACAAAUGACAUUUGCGCAAGUAGUAAUACCUAGACUAGUUUAUGUAUUUAGACAGAUUCUCAGGAUCAUCGCAUUCAGUUAUGAAUGGGAAUUAUACUUAUGAAGUUUUCGCUGCCUCUAAGUGAUGCUCUUCUGUGUGAUAAAUAAUAACUUUGUUCGAUUAGUAAUAAACCUUACAUUUC